UAUCCUGCCGUUUUGCGGCGGAUAUACGUCUCCCGCAGGGAUUGGAAGUCGGUGUGGGCAUCAAACUCCGCCCUUGUAUCAUCUUCACCCCAAAGCGCAUGCCCUAUAUCAAGGGGUCGCAGAGAACAUGACCACGGCCAAACUCCUCGUAAUCUGCAUUUUCGCCGCUCUCGCCAUCGAAACACACAGUCGCUUCCUUCCCAAAAGCAUAAGCAAGAAUCUGGGCGCUAGCGAAAAGAUCUUGGAACCGAAAAAACGGCCCUUCUGCAAUGCUUUCACAGGAUGUGGACGCAAACGUUCUAAUCUGCCCGCGAUCCCGGAGCAGUCCGAGUUCGUCGACGAGAAUUUAGGAAGUCUCUUAGAGCUGAGUGCAGAGCCAGCAGUCGAGGAUUUGUCGAGGCAAAUUAUGUCGGAAGCCAAGCUAUGGGAGGCCAUCCAGGAAGCUAAUAUGGAACUGCAUCGACGUCGACAGGAGUCGGCGGAAAGCUCGGAAGAGGACGUUGCUGUACCUGCUCGGAGUGCUACCGCUUCGUGCGCUCUUCCGCCCUGCUAUAUUUAAUUCAACGACUCUUCUCUUCAUUGUAAUUCAUUGUUGAUCAGCAUAAUUUCGAUUGAAUUUUUUUCAUUUAUCGACGAAAAUUGAAACGUUUUGUCGAAGGAUAUGUUUGGGGAAUUAAAAUACGUAUAUAAGUAAAUAAAUGAUUUUUUUGCAAUGAGUGUAACUAGCUUUUUUGUAAUUUUCAAUAGUACAUAGAACCAUAUUGAUAUGGAUAUCACUUUUGUAAUUAAAUAUUAAACAUAUCUGGAUGUUGCUAAUUACUAACUUCGAAUGUAUAAUUGUUACAGUAUAAAAAUAAUAAAUCUG